UGGUGACAUCGGCCUUAUUGGCUUAGCUGUUAUGGGUCAAAAUUUGAUCCUUAACAUCAAUGACAAAGGUUUUACCGUCGUUGCGUAUAACCGAACGACUAGUAAGGUCGAUGACUUCCUUGCUAAAGAAGCUAAAGGAACGAAUGUUCAGGGAGCGCGCUCCAUCGAGGAGCUCGUCGCCAAAUUGAAGAGACCCCGCAAGAUUAUUCUCCUCGUCAAGGCUGGUGACGCAGUGGAUAACUUUAUCCAACAGCUUGUCCCUCAUCUCGAAAAGGGUGAUAUCAUCAUUGAUGGUGGUAACUCUCAUUACCCAGAUACCACUCGUCGCGUGAAGGAACUUGAUCCCAAAGGAAUUCUAUUCGUGGGGUCUGGUGUAUCGGGUGGCGAGGAAGGCGCUAGACAUGGUCCUUCGCUCAUGCCUGGUGGUCAUCCUGAUGCUUGGCCUCAUAUCAAGGAGAUCUUCCAGAAGACGGCUGCACAGGCGUUUGGUGAGCCGUGCUGCGAUUGGGUAGGUGAGGAAGGAGCUGGCCAUUAUGUCAAGAUGGUGCAUAACGGUAUUGAAUAUGGUGACAUGCAACUGAUUGCCGAGGCAUACGAUAUCCUCAAGCGAGGUCUUGGAUUGAGCGAAGCAGAAAUUGCCGACGUCUUUGAGACAUGGAACAAGGGCGUACUCGAUUCUUUCCUCAUCGAAAUCACUUUCAACAUCCUCAGGUACAACGACCCAAUAGAUGGUCGGCCCCUCGUCACCAAGAUCCUGGACAAAGCAGGCCAAAAGGGAACGGGUAAAUGGACGGCGAUCGCUGCUCUUGAUGCCGGUACGCCUGUGACGCUCAUUGGGGAGGCCGUUUUCGCUCGCUGUCUUUCGGCCAUUAAGGAGGAACGUGUAAGGGCUAGUGCGGUCAUUGCUGGACCUCAGAGGGAGACGUUCAAGGGUGAUAAGAAGCAGUUCAUUGAUGAUCUGGAGCAGGCGUUGUAUGCUUCGAAGCUUAUUUCAUAUACGCAAGGGUUCAUUCUUAUGCGUGAGACUGCUAAGGAGCUCAAUUGGAAUUUGAACUAUGCUGGUAUUGCUCGUAUGUGGCGCGGUGGAUGUAUCAUCAAGAGUGUUUUCUUGGCCGAUAUCACCAAGGCUUACGACAAGAAUCCCAAGCUGGAGUCUUUGCUCUUCGAUGACUUCUUCAACAAGGCUAUUCAUAAGGCUCAGCCUGGCUGGCGUCGUGUUAUUGCUCAGUCUGUUCUUUGGGGCGUCACACUUCCUGCCUUCAGCACGGCUCUCGCAUUCCUUGAUGGCUAUCGCUCCGCGGUCGUCCCAGCUAACUUGAUUCAGGCUCAGCGUGAUUACUUUGGUGCGCAUACAUUCCGCGUAUUGCCUGGUAAUGAGAACAAGUUGCUUCCUGCGGGCAAGGAUAUCCACAUUAACUGGACUGGUCGUGGUGGGAACGUCUCUGCUUCUACCUACAUUGCGUAGGGCAGAGUGCAGUUAGGAGAACUUGCACGGAUACGAAUAGACCAUCGCACCGUCUUUUUUUGCUUCCAUACGCUUGUCUAUGUCCCAGCGCCUCUUCCCGCGCCUUUCUCCCCUCUCACACAUCACUGCAUCCCCUCCGUCUUUCCUUC